GACAUAGUGAUUUUAAUAGAUGACGCUUCGAAACCCUGGCAGAUCGUCCCGACGAGGGACUUGCCGAUGCCGAUGCCGAUGCCGAUGCCGAUGGGGGUGGCAUCUGCGGUUUCUUCUUCCGAUCUAUUCAAGAACCAUCCUGACAAUCUCGGCCGUCCUGAUCAACCGGAAGCGGCUGCGGUAUCGCUCGUCUUUCAUCCCAAAUCGAACCACAUCCGUACAGUAGCACAGCAUUCUUUUCGCCGACGUCCCCCUCGCAACGUGGAUGGGUGGAUCCGUUCGGAAUUGAGGAUGUCGUUGGAGACGAGAAACGGCCCGAGCUCUGCUGACAGAGGCGAAGGACUCCACCGAAUCCCUGGAAGCCCUCCUCUUAUGGCGGCUUCGCCUGCGGUGGUGUCCUCUGUCGCGUUGCCCCACGAAAGGUCUAAGAAGAGCGUUUGCCUCUUCUUUUGCGAGGAGAUGAGGGAGCUCGCCGAGCGCGUUGCAUUGGCGGGCGACUCCAUCGAGCUACGUAGCAUCACUUGGAGGACAUUUGAGGAUGGUUUCCCUAACCUAUUCAUCUCAUAUGCUCGAGGCAUUCGUGGGCAACAUGUAGCUUUUUUGGCAUCGUUCAGUUCUCCGGCUGUAAUUUUUGAGCAGCUGUCUGUGAUCUAUGCAUUGCCAAGGUUGUUUAUCUCCUCAUUUACACUUGUUCUUCCUUUUUUCCCAACUGGAUCUUAUGAACGGAUGGAAGAUGAAGGGGAUGUUGCAACAGCUUUCACACUUGCUCGAAUUUUGUCAAACAUACCUAUCUCAAGAGGUGGACCGACUAGUUUAGUCAUUUUUGACAUUCAUGCUUUGCAGGAGAGAUUCUACUUUGGAGAUUCUGUCCUCCCAUGUUUUGAGAGUGGGGUACCUUUGCUAAUGAAUAGACUUCAACAGCUACCAGAUUCUGACAAUAUAUCUAUUGCUUUUCCAGAUGACGGUGCAUGGAAGCGAUUUCAUAAACUACUUCAUCAUUUUCCAAUGAUUAUUUGCAACAAAGUCAGGGAAGGUGAUCAACGUAUUGUACAAUUAAAAGAGGGAGAUCCUCAAGGCCGACAUGUUGUGAUUGUCGAUGACUUAGUUCAAUCUGGUGGCACAUUGAUUGAAUGCCAGAAAGUAUUGGCAGCUCAUGGGGCAGACAGAAUCAGUGCGUACGUGACCCAUGGAAUCUUUCCCAACAGGUCAUGGGAGCGAUUUAAACAUGACAAUGGAGCCGGCCCAAACAAUGGCUUUAACUACUUUUGGAUUACUGACUCCUGCCCACUUACUGUAAGAGAAGUAAAGAACAGAGCUCCCUUUGAAAUUCUUAGCCUUUCUGUUCAAAUUGCUUCUGCUCUUCAAAUAUAGAUCUGUAUGGCAGUGUUGGCGCUGUAGUGUAAAAGGCCCCAUGGAAAAAUUUCUGCUGGAUUUGUCUUAUUUAUUCAUUUGUGUAGGUUGAGUUGAAUUUCGUAGAAGGAUCUAUAUAAUUAAUCUCAUCUGGUGGGAUAAAAUUCGAUUGUUAUUGUUAUUAUUAUUACUGUAUUUAUUUGUUUGUUUAAAUUUUUAUUGAAUAGAGAUCCUCUUGUUGGUAGUUUAUUGUGA